GCCACUAACCUUUAGGAUCGCAGGAUGAACGCCCUCAAUACUCUGCUUCUCUUGGCUUUUAGCCUCUCUGUUGCUCAAUCCCUGAAUUACAAGUCUCUCAGCCAGUUCAGAAAAAUGAUCUUGUGCCUGAUGCCUGAUAGCUGGCCUGUCUUUGACUACAUCGACUAUGGCUGCUACUGUGGAAAGGGUGGCUCCGGCACACCUGUGGACGAGCUAGAUAGGUGCUGCUACGUGCAUGACCAGUGUUAUAAUGACGCUGUGCAGCAUCCCGAUUGUUGGCUCAUCUUUGACAACCCUUACACAGAAUACUAUCACUACAGCUGUGAUAAGGACCAGAAGAAGGUCACCUGUAGCAACAAAAAUGAUGAAUGUGAGAUGUUCAUCUGUGAGUGUGACAGAAAAACCGCAGAAUGUUUUACCCGGUCAACAUGGAACCCUGAGCACGAGCACCUACCCAGCCACAUGUGCAACUGAAGACCCCAGCAAACUUGAUCCAACCGAUGUCUCCACAUGCAGCAACCAAAAUUUGCUGCAGUGUAACUGGAAUAUUUGGAACAGUACAUUACUAUCAGUAAGCAUCCAUCAUGAUUGUGUACUGUAUUGUUUAUACAACAGCCCUUGCCUCAAUUCAAAUGUUUCCAUUAAAAAUGUUGUCGUACAUGAUUAUAAAUGAUAUUGAUGGCAUUUAUUGAACAGUUGCACUUCGAAAUAGUGUUGAAAAUCAUCAGACUUUAAAUGUCUGCAUCAUAAGAAGGA